AUGAGAAUAAAUUUCUUCAAAGAAAAAAACAAGAUAAAAAUAAACAAAAGUAAUGAUUGUGUAUCAGAUAAUGUUUUUUCAAAUGUUAAUAAUGAAUCAAAUAAUUAUUUAACGGCCAACAGUGAUAAUGAAUAUGAUCAUUAUGGAUUUGAGAAAAAUAAGGAAUUUUUUACUGAAUCAACUGAUAAAAGAACUCUAGAAAAGCAUAAAAAAAAAAUUGAAAGAAGAUGGCAAUUUUAUUUAACUUUUAAAAGAGAUAUAAAAAAAAGUUAUUAUUUAAAAACAUUAAUUAGAAAAGGAAUACCAGAUAAAUUGAGACCUGAUAUAUGGCCACAUCUUUUAGAUAGUAUAAUUUUAUGCUUAAAAUAUCCUACUAUAUAUGAAAAAUGUUUAAAUAGUGAAUUAGAACCAAAAGUGUUGAGUCAAAUUGAAUUGGAUAUAAUACGAACCUUUCCACAUAAUAAAAACGUAAAAAAUUCUCCUGGAUUAAUUCAACUAAAAAAUGUCUUACGAGCUUUUGCUGUUUAUAAACCAAAAAUAAAUUAUUGUCAGAGUAUGAAUUUUAUUGCUGCAAUAACUUUAAUAAUUUUAAAAGAAGAAUUAGCAUUUUGGUCUAUUGUUCAAUUAAUAGAUUCGGAUUAUUCACAUGAUAAAAUUAAUAUUAGUGAUUAUUAUAAUAAUGAGAUGCGUGGCUUACGUAGAGAUAUCAUUGUUAUAGAAGAAUUGAUUAAAAUGAAAAUGCCAGAAGUUCAUUCACGUUUAAAAGAAUUUGAUGUUGAUCUAUCAUGGAUAUGUUCGGAAUGGCUUUUAUGUUUAUUUUGUACUGCUUUUCCGAUUACUACAACAUUACGUAUAUGGGAUUGUCUAUUUUAUGAGGGAGAUAAAAUAAUCUUUAGGAUAACAUUGGCUUUAUUUAAAAUGAAUGAGCAAAAAAUAAAUGAAUUAAAUUCAUUAGAGUCUAUUUUAUUAUUAUUCAAAGAGUGCACAAAAAAUAUGGUGGAAUGUGAUAAGUUAAUGUACAUUGCUUUUAAUGAAAUAGGAGUAUUAAAAAAAAAAAGUAUAAAAAAAUUAAGAGGAAAAGCUGAAGACAUUAUUAAAAAUACCAUAGCCUAA